AUGUCCAUUAACAAUGACCAAGCCCAGAUAGAAUGGGCGAAGACAAUCCUUCCUGUUUACCGAACUAUUCUAAGACUGAAUCCUACUAGUCUUAACUCUUUCCUCUUUGGUCUUUUUGUCGCUUACACACACCAAUUCUGGCGCCCACUGUGUGCGAAGCUAGGUGUCCUGUCCUCAGAUCCAGGCGACACUGCAAAAAUGAGACUCUGGAAGAGGCAAGCAUUCGUUAUGCUAUCCGACUUAUUUCUUCGUAUUCAUCACUCUGAACCUCUGGCCCAACUCUCUUCCUUCGCCACUUCAUCAAACACCCCCUCUUCCUCUUCUCUACCUUCGGCUGAUGAGUCUGAUGCCCGCAAUUCAACAAUCAUUCUGUCUAUCCCCCCUCAGCCUCGUCGGAUUAAGGAGCCCCAGAAGCAGGGACGAACGACCCGUUCCACAGUUCGGAAUCGCCUUCUGAGUGUGAUAGAAUCGAGUGAAGCACCCAAAGACAUUCUAACGUCUGCAGAGCAGACUGACACUCUUACGACUACCCCUGCAACUAUUGCAUCUGCAAGAGCUCCACCAGAGAGUGACGAGAAUACACGUUCUACCAAGGAUGACCUUACACCAACCGGAGACACGGGAUUAGUUCUGAUGCCUUUAAAGUCAAACUGGAGCAGGACGACAGUGUUAUUUCUUGCAAUUCUCGAAAACGUAACAGGGAACCCCAUGAAAUCUGACAGAGGAUCGGACAUCUCCCAAAGCUGCAAAACUCUCACAAACCGGUUCGCUUUCCAAACGGAAUUGGUCCCAGAAGCUAAGUUCCUAGCUGAUGUUCGCUUCCCAGCAGCUGGUGUUCGCUUCUCCCAACAGAUUGAUCCUAGCAGCCUUCUUAGCCAUUUGCGGUAUACAAAAACCCACAUGACCCAGAAGACGAUGCAUCCAAAAGCUUUCUCGCCAGAGCAAGAACGGUUCCUUAGAGAGGUGCUGAUGCCACAGUUUGUCAAAGGAAAACUCGGCUACCUUUCAGUGCAAGAAACCGCCAGCCAGUGUUUCCAACAACUCAGAGAAGCGUUUCCUGAGCUGUCAGCAACCGAUGAGAUGCAGAAUAUCCAGAAGAAAGUUGGUGUCCUCUCUUUCUGCGACCGAUUUGGCCUAACUACCUCUAGCGAAUCACGGAAAUGCUUCGAGAAGAAUGGCAGCAUCAUCAAGAAAGGGCGAAAGCGCGCGCACACACUUAUUGAACACUACAUGCAUACCGAAUGCAGGGAGAACCGCGUUUUUAAGGUUAGAUUGGACAAGGAGAUACGCAAGGCCGAAGAGGAGAUACUCAAGGCCAGAUUGCUUGCUAUCGGUGGCACAAAGGGUACGAGCAGGGUGAAUAGAGAUACUGAAGAUGACAGCGCUGUUGCAAACAAGGGAAAGGCUAAGGAUAACACCAAGACAAAUACCGACCCCGAUACUGAUGGAGCAGCACAGACUGUCGACCUGAAGAAUACGAGUCAACUAAUUACUCCUGGAAAGAUGAUGCAGAUGAAGAAGAGAAUAGCGGAGGAUCUCUUUCAACACGCGACUCCCCAGGUCAAGGCAAAGAUAGAAGAACUGUAUGGCGCCGAGAUCAGAAAGUUUAGAGAUAGUCGCAUGUCCGGGAAGCAGACAAAGAAUGAGGAAGAGGAAGAAGCGAACGAGGAUUUAGAUUCAGAGGAGGCGAUAUUGAGUGCGUUGACAAAAGUACUUGGAUCGCAGGAAGAAAAGGAGACUGAGACUGCUCAAGACGUUAACGCUAAGACUGCUACAGCAGAUGCUCCGGAGUUGAAUUCACCAGGUGUUGUCAUGUUAGGAUAUGGAGCCGGGUUGGAAGAAAGACCGCCAAUGUAUGUUUCACCUUCCCAGCUGCAGCAUCACGUUUCAUCACACUCCGGCAUGCCCGGCGUGCCCGGCUAUGUUGCCACAACCACCGAGCUACCCACUGUCACCUCCCUCAUCUGCAACGCUGCGCUCUCUGACACUCCCAGAGUCCCAGAUCCGACCUUGAAUCAGUUUGCCCCCAGCCUGAAUACACUCCUUGAGGUUCAGCCCAAUGAAGAACUCAUCACUUCGUGGAUUCAAAGCAACAUUUGGUCAGAGCAAUGGGAUACUACGUCCAUGCCGUGGCCUUCGCCGGAACUGAACACAGCUGGCUUAGAGCUUUCGUGUCUGUUGGACAAGACUCUGAUCUGCACAGAACCUAUGGAUACGGGCGAAGGAAGCGACCCCGAUACUACCUUUACCCUGGACGCUCCUCGGGAUCUGUGGAGCAGUAUUAUCCAGGACAAUCUUGAUUUCCUCUCUUCAAACCCGGAGCCAUCAUUUCAUCCCGAUGACACCUCUGGAGGUCCCAAUGGCAGCGGUGUCAAUUCAGCGAUGUCUGGCAACACUGUAUAUCAGCUUCCACUGAUUCCAGCUGAUGAGUUUUCAGCGGCCUUGAAUCUCCGAGCGAGUAUCCCUACCGGCCAUGCUGACAAAGUCCUUCCCGUGUCGCUUCAGGAUAUCACCACCACCACCACCGGGAGAACCAACCCCGUUCCAACCCAACAUAUACCUAAGCCUCCUCAGCAAGAUCAAGAAUCUGGAGCAUCAAGUUGCUCUUGUGGCAUCGUGAUUACGCUGAAUAAUGUCUCCCAACAUAUUGUACAGGCACAGGCGAUCUUUCGCACCUCUAAUUUAGGCGCCACCUUCAAUGCUUGCGUUAAUUUGUGGUUGAAAUUUGAGCAAUGUCCAGACAUUCCGAAUAUGCUCUCGGAGUAUCUCUCUGCGAGAAACCUCCAGCUCGAACUACCCGACAUGUCUGUUACACACAAGUAUACACUUAUCAGAGAAAUUCUUUGCUGGUGGAACGAUAUUCAACCUGAACGCCGCCAGACGUCCAAGGGAUAUGCCCUUCCCAUUCCGAACUACUCGUUCGAAUUUUCCACCUUGAAAAAGAAAGGACCCCAUGGUAUGGUUCAAAUAAUGGAAGCCAUGAGGUGGUGGGGAACGAUGCAACUCGAGACUAAUCAAUGGAUGUUAUUUGUCCAGGAUGUUACAGCUUGCUAUGUCGCGAUGCUGGGGGAUAUCGGUGGUGAUGAAGGUGACUAA